AUCACUUUUUUCCUGCUGUUAUUUGAAGCAUCACCCAGCAUGGAAGAAUGAAGGAGGAGGAAGUAGUAACUGCAGAUACCCGACCCACCGGCGGAACACAGGCGUCACCACCUGUAUCUCGUGACAGAGUGAUAUUUGGAUGCCAUUAGUACCACCCAAGAGGAGCAAGUAUUAUAUAGUGACCACCCAGCAAGCACCAUGUGACCCCAUGUGGGAAGUAUUACCUAUAUGAUAAAGGUAUAUUAUAUAGGUACUCAUCUCCCUUGCAUCAAGAAGACAUGGCUCUCCUUCUGUUAGCACAACGAUCUCAUGUUCGCCGUCGCAGACGCCCUCCUCAGGAGCGUGUUUUUCGUGCACGUACCCAAUUUCUGAACUUGCCAGAAGAAGUGGUAAUGCAACGCUACAGACUUCACCCUUCUCUUAUUCGUGAUCUGUGCCACAUCCUUGAACAUGAUUUACAGCCCUCUACAGGACGCUCACAUGCACUUCCAGUUUACGUUAAGGUGACCGCUGCCCUUGACUUCUACACGUCUGGAACUUUUCAGACUCCAGCAGGAGACGCAGCUGGAAUCAGCCAAGCGAGCAUGUCUCGUUGUGUUACCCAGGUCACUGAAGCUAUUGUACGUCGAGCUCACAGAUUCAUCAGAUUCCCACAAAGUCAUGGCCAGCACAGAUCAAUUUCCCGUGACUUCCUACGACUGCACGGAUUUCCGGGGGCUGUCGGGGUUGUUGGAUGUACUCAUGUAGCCCUUAAACCUCCAUCAGACCACGAGAGUCGUUAUCGAAACCGUUGGAGAUACCACUCUAUGCACAUGCAGGGUGUGUGCGAUGCCCGUGGGAUUCUGACUCAUAUUGUGGCUGAAUAUCCAGGGUCAGUGUCUGAGGAAGACAUAUUGGGACAAUCAAGCCUAGGCCACAUGUUCCAGAAUCAGGACAAUGAGGAAGAGAAGGCUUGGUUGAUAGGUGGGCGCUGUUACACACAGAAGCCCUGGCUGAUGACCCCAAUAGAAGACCCCCAGUCUCCAGCAGAGGUGCAGUAUAACACUUCUCAUGCUGCAGCCCUCAGCGUGAUAUCCCGCGCCUUCUGCUCAUUAAAAUCACGGUUCCGGUGCUUGAGCCGUCGUGGGGGUUCCCUGCAGUAUAGCCCCCUAAAGGUCAGCCAGAUCUUUGUAGCCUGUUGCGUGCUUCACAAUAUGGCGCUAAGCCGCGGCCUGGAAGUGCCAGUAGAGGAGAGAGAGGACGGGAGCGAAGAAGAAGCAGUAGAAGAAAUUAGCAAAGAAGCUGAGCAGGCCAGGCAGGAAUUACUCCUAAGGCAUUUUAGCUAG